AUGUUGAGUCGAAAUUCGCUGUUAACCGCAGUUGCCCUUAUGUGCCGGGGUUAUCUCGAAUCGGGCCUUCUGGAGGUGUCUACCCUCGACUCCUUCAAGGCUCAACAGCGAAUGGCAUUAUCGCUGAUGAUAGGCUUGCGCAGUCCAACUCUCAUUGCGUCGUUGCUUCGCCACUCGUUCCGCAAACGGAUUGUAUCAAUUAUCCCGGGUGUUAUCGAUCAAGCAUUCAUCAAUUCCUCCUUCAGACUCGCGUGUGCAAGAUCCACUAAAUUAACCCGCCGAAUCGACCGUUCGGAAUAUGCGACUUAUAACGAUUUCUCACACGCGUACAUCAAGCACAUGGUAACCGAGAGACGAUCUUGCGAUGACACAUCUCAGCCCGGCUGUAAUGGAUCCAGGCCGGGUUUGGGAGGUGGAAUAGUCUUCGAUGUCGCUCACAUGAUCGUUUCAUUCAAAUCAACCUUUGUCGUUGUCGCCGAUGUUUGUGGCCGUCAACCCAUCUCUCGUGUGCCUGGGGGGAUGAUAGUGAGGGCCGAUCGAAACGGGAGCUCGCCUCACGACACGAGGUUGGCCGCUCGAGACGUUGCUCUUCAGUGCAACGAGUCGAGAUCACUGCUGUCCACAUCAAGCUCCGUGCUAACAGUGAAAGUCACACCAAAUCACCUGGGCCCGGUCGACAAGCCAACACCCGAGCUCUUGCCCGUGCGGGUAUGUACCUCCGCCGAAUUGAGGAGGCCACCCCUGUCCCUACCGGCAGCACACAUAGAGGAUGAACGACAUCCAAUCUACAAAUCAAGCGAUUGGUCUUCUCACACGUUGCACUUCGCUCCGGUUGGCGUUGUUGGAGUCGUCUAUGAUAUUGCA